AUGGCGGAAGAUGGCAAAAACCUUGACAGUACUGCAGCGCAAGCUCUUAUUCAGGGGGACAUCGGGGAGGAAAUCCUGGUUGAUGGCAAGCGCACCUUGGACGAGAUCAUGCGCUGGCGCCGGAAUGCACCCAUACUUUAUGACAUCUUCCUUGAGUUCGGUAUUCGCUCCACCGCCAUGACAGUGCAGUGGCUUGGGGAUGAGGCCGAGGAAGAAUGUUGUCGCCUUGCUUUCGGCACCCAGGCAGAUGAAUCCACAGCCCAGGUGGUCGUGGCAGAGCUCACUUGUGUGGCAGACACCGAGCUUGCCAGCGACCCUUGGAAGUCUUGGUCCGCAGAGGGCCUGCGGGACUCCUGCGGCUUUGGCGCGCAGCCACUGCCACGCCAUGAGGCCCCGCUGCGUUUGCUGGUAUCCAUGGAUCAUGACUCCGACGUGAACCGCCUCGUCUCCUGUCCUUCCAAGCCACAACUCCUGGCUGCCAAGGGCUCCAAUGGCGCAGUAACUUUGUUCGACUACAAGAAAGCUUCGGAAGGCGAUGGAUCAAGCUCAAAGGUGGGGAGCUUUCAGUACUCUGCCGAAGCAGUGGAUGGCUUUGCUGUCGCAUGGAACCCAUUGAAGCCUUCCUGGAUUGCCACUGGUGGCAACGAUGGGUCCUUGUCUCUCUGGGACUCCGAGGCACUGCAACAGCCAGCGAAGCCCCUGCUCGCAACCGUGGCGCAUGAGGGCCCCCUAAAUGAUUUAAGCUUCUGCAAGCAUGGGCCGCAGCUGACAACGGUAGGGGAGGACUGUUGCAUCGCUGUUUGGGACAUGCGGGAGGCUUUGUCCAAGUCAGCAAUGCUCACGGCAAGCGGGGAGUGCUUGACAAUAGAUUGGAACCCAAGUGACCAGCAUCUGUUGGCAACCGGGGGCAAGGACAAGAUGGUGAACAUCUGGGACUUGAGGUCCUUUAAGCUCCCAGUCAAAACCCUUCCAGGUCACCAGGGCGAGGUGCUCCAGGUGCAGUGGUGCCCUGCCGCUGGGGCCAAGUUUGCGGAGAUCUCGGCCGGCAGCUUCCUUGCAACCUGCUCACAGGAUGCCGGAUGCUGUUAUGGAGUUUUUUUUCUAAGUUUGGGUUUAGGGUUUAGGCUUUAG